UUAUCGAAAGCUGUACCUGAAAUAAAUUGAUUACUGAACAUUGGCGAUGCUCUAUACCCAAAUAGUAUCGACAAUCAAGCUUGUGAAACUACCCAUUUCAAGACCUAAUCAUUGGUAACCAAUCCGUCGGGGAUAUUCAGAGGCAAAAGAAGGAUAACACAGCUACACGGCUGCCCACAACGCGCACGUCAUACCCAAUAGUAUAGUCGAAUUCAUCUAUACGCCCGCAGAUACAUAAUUCUCUAACUAGCUACGUCGGGAGAUUACCCCCUGAGUGGUUCAGUUCUUGAUCCCCUUUUUGCCCCUUUUCCUAUCUCUCUUUUCUACCGCCCCGCCGAGAAAAUCAUACCCGCCAGCUUGAAGGGGGGGAAUGAUGCAAGGCGAUCUUUCAAGAUGCCAUCGGCGAUAAGCAGCGAUGAGUGGGAUCUUCCGCGUCUGAAGGCUACAAUCGGCUUCGAGGAUGAUUCUCAAUCCUCGACAUCAGAUGAUCAAGAUACAGAAUUUUUCGAUGUGAAAUUUUACCCUUAUGCGGACGUUACACAAGAUCCGGUCUUUGCCGCUGUCAGCAAGAAACAUGUCGUCAUAUAUCGACUUUCUGCUAAGGCGAGUCCGCCUUAUGAACUCGUUCAGCUCUUCAGGGAUGAUGACAAAGAAGCCUUGAACUGCAGCUGCACUUGGACGAAAGAUCCCGAGUCUGAAGUUCCCUAUCUUUGUGUAGCAGGUAGAGAUGCCAAAAUUAAGGUAUACGAUGUUGUCCAAGGGGAAUUAGUAAAAGUUCUAGUAGGCCAUGGAGGAGAAAUCAACGAUCUUGCCACGUGCCCGACGAAUUUCCUAUUAAUCGCAUCAGCAUCGGAAGAUACCACUGUUCGAAUCUGGAGUCUUGAUCCAGCGCACUCCAAGCAGCCGUGUGUUUGCCUCCUUGCCGGAGAAGGUCAUUCAUCAGGGCUUUUGACAGUCGCAUUCCACAAUGGUGGUCGAUACGUUCUCUCUGCUGGACAUGACAACGUUAUCUGCUUGUGGACACUUCCUGACUUACCAUCAGAAUCCAAUGGUAAAACGCCAGCAAAGCCCAUCGUAAUCCAUUACCCUCAUUUCUUCACCUCAGAAGUACAUAGUGGUAUUGUCGACUGUGUGGCUUUCUUUGGUGAUCUCAUCCUCUCACGAGCCUGUCAUGAGGAUAUAAUAGUGUUGUGGAGAAUCGAGGGAUUCUCAUCCCGCGACCCUGCCCCCGAAAUGUCUGAGGCACCUACGACGAGUGAUACGGAACGCCUUACUCGGUCUGCUUUCGCUCCUGCUACGGCAUCGGCAUGUCCACCCCAGUACACUCGUUUAUUGGAAUUCUGGACGCCGCAUUGCGGACACCAAUUUUAUCUCCGCUUCAAGCUCUUUCAUGACAAAGAUAAACAUCCUGUCUUAGCCUUUGGUAACGCCAAAGCCACGAUAUUUUUCUGGGACCUUGCCCGCUUAGGGAGUUACCAUGAUUUUAUCAGCGAAGUGCGUGACCCAGACCGCGAUAAGACGCAACCAGUCCACCGUCCAGGCUGGCUGGUGCCAAUCCAACACAGGCACAAAGGCGACGCCGUUAGCAAGCUUAAGGAUGCUGCUAGUGACAGAGAGUCAGUCAUAUCUGGACGUACCGGAAGCGUCGAUCUCGAAUCGCAUCUAGAUCUUAACACGAACUAUUCGCAAGAGACGAUAGAAUCUUGGGACUUGAAAUACGAUAUGACACGCGUGGAGGAACCCAUUAGAGCGCAUGCACAGAGCAACAUUACCGUUAAAGACUUUGUUGGGCGUCAAGUUGCUUGGAGUGCUGGUGGUGAGUGGUGUGUUGUUGUUGGUAGUAAAAAUCUUGCUAUCGUUUUGCAGCGAUGGUAUAAGAAGGACCAGGCGAAUGAUAAAGAGAAGAAACCAAACCAGGACCGUCAAAGUUAAAGAAGACGGAAAACUUAUACGGAGUCGCGUAUCUCAUGAGCAAUACUACUCCAUGGGAUAAAUGAAAGUACUUAGUAUUCAUAAUAUAUUGCCCGUUUUAACUGGCUUUAAGGAACGUUCGUAUUGAUAACUUAUUCAUACCCCCCAAUACAUCCCUCGGUUAAAACUUCAGACCACAUGAUUGACUCGAAUCAAUCAUCGCAUAUUAUCCAUCUUGAAUUGACGCCGUAUUAAUAAAUUC